AAAACUAACCGCCUAUACAAUAUGGUGGACAAAAGUUCAGAUUAUUUCACCAUGUGGCCAAUGUUGUUAGAUAUGAGCAAAGAGGAAUGUAAACGAAUACUACGGAGAAUGGAGCUAGAUGCUUAUAGCUCCAUUGUUUCAGCGUUUAGAGCUCAGGGAGAUCUCACAAAAGAAAAGAAAAAAAUUCUACAAGAUCUUCAAUCCACACUCAGCAUCUCAACAGAGAGACACAGAGCAGAGGUCAGAAGAGCUGUUAAUGAUGAGAAACUAUCCACAAUAGCUGACCACAUGUGUGGACCAAGCACAGAUGCAGAGUGGAUGAUAGAAGGGAGGAGACUGAUUCCCCUGAUGCCCCGCCUAGUGCCACAAACAGCCUUCACAGUGACUGCCAAUCAGAUGGCUAAUUUACAGGCUGAGAAAAAUGCAGCCAUGCCAAGUCCAUCUAGAACAGGCAGCAAAGAGUUAAGCAGUAGCUCUUCCAGUCCACCCACACCUGUUAGUGGUACUGUCACCAAGGUAACAAGACCAGCAAGUCCAAAUUCCAAUGUGGUGGUACUUCCAAGUGGAAUGUCGAUUCACAUCAAAGGUGGAUUAAACACAGAAGAGGAGGAGGAAAUGCCAGCUAGAAAAAGAAGGAGAAGUCAGUCUUCAGAGUCCAUUAACAUUGUAUCCCCAUCAGCUGGUACUCAGACCCCCAGGGUCACCUAUUCCACGACCGCAAGCACAGCCUCAGGGAUGUCCCCCGUGAAAAUCACCAUCAGCAAGAGUCCCCAGACACGCCCACAAGUCGCAACAACAACUAGCCAGUCACAGAAGGUUAUUCUAGUAUCUAGUUCUGGACAAGCAUCCUCCUCCAGCAUUCUUCAUCAGAAGUCAAUCACAGUCCCAGUGGUUAAAACAACCAGCUCUCUAGGAACCACACCCAAUCCAAAGUCUUCUAACUUUUUACCAACCUCUGGGUCAUCAUCCAAUGGGAAUCUCAGCAAUAUAGUCACAAUGGCAACUCCCAUGUCAUCAACUUCAAAUUCUGCGACAACUGCUGUUUCAACAUCAACGAUGACCUUCUUGACUCCAACCGUCAGCAUUCAAAGGCCACGACCUAAAACUGUUCCUAGGCAGAGAUUUCCUGUGAGCCAGAGUCAGCAGAAACCGGGCGUGGUCAUCCCCAUGGGGCCACAACCUAUUCAACCUUCCCCACAGUCCAUGCAGAACUUUCAGAUAAAACCAGUGGGCAAGUCUCCCUCCACAAUUCAGAUCCGACAGGAGGGAGGUAUGAAGAUAAUUACCCAGAGCUUUCCUGGGUCAGGUGGGAGCAAGAUUCUACCCAAGCCAUCGCAGCUCCCCACCAGCUCUGGUACUCCUGUAGUUGUCGUCAGUCCAGGAGCAUCAACUUCCUCCAAUGUCACUAUGGUGACCAAACCCAUUACAUCCAUCGGUCAAGCAGGCACGAAGAUUUUAAACAUAACCACACAAGGUGGAAAAGUGAUCUCAACAGGAACAAGCCGUGGUCCAAAUGUUGUAACGGUGAAUCCUAAAACACUACAUCUGACAGCCGUUAAAUCCGCAACAGGUGGAAGUGGAAAACCUAAUGUAAUUGUUGUACAGAAGACCCAACCCCGGCGUCUCGUGGGAACACCUACCUCCACAGUAAGGGGAACAACUGUCAUCUCAAGUCCAUUUGAAAAGGAGUUGGUGAGUUUCCUACAGAAACAAGAUAGUACGAAACAUAUUGUGGUAACAUCACCCUCAGGAACCCAAAGACCUAUAGAGAGAAAAGUUAUUGUUACGACUCCAGGACAACUGGAAGCCACAAGACAGAGAGUUCGUAUCGAGAAUGCAGAAGGAAAAUUGAUCCAGGAUCUGAUUCAGGCAGCCAGUCAGGAUACGGAGGGUGGGGGUGAUGUCACCAUUAACCUUGAUGAAGCCACACUGGCUGCUCUGACAGGAAGUGCUAGUAGUCAGUCCGACACAGCGACCAGUAAAGGUACCUCAGGUGAUAAUCUCCCCAGCAAUGAAUGGUUUGAGUAUGAUGACAAUAACCCAUCCUUCCAGGCAGGGGUUGAUAAUGCUGCUGUACAGGCGCUUAUUGAGCAACAAAGUUCCAGCAAGCCAAAGGUCACUGUUCAAAGGUCUUCUAGUGUUGACAUUGGACAGUUGUCAGAUCAGCUUUCUCAGCAACAAUUCUACACAAUUGAACAAGCUAUGAAAAUAUUGAAUAAUCCAGAACAGAGUGAAGCAAUGAUGAUGGAAGAGAGUCAGGAGUCUACAUCAGAAGAGAGUGUUGUCAUAGAAACUGUAAACACAGCUCAGGGUCCUGAAAUCACAUCACAGAAUGAGUUAGAACAGAUUGCUCGUAAUCUGAAUCUUCAAGGAGAUCUGGACCCACAAACAGGAAUAUUCUAUACAGUGACAAACGCAGCAGGACAGACAGAAACUCGCAGACUCACAGCAGAGCCCAAAGUUGUUACAGAAAGUGCUCCCCAGGGGGAGGCAACCCCAGGUUCUAAAGCGUAUGAUUUGUUGAGCAGUUCACUGGCUCAAGCACAGAUAGAUCUAGAUCCCUAUCAGUUUAUUGAGGAGGAUGUACUCUCUGACAAAUCAGCAACAGGAAGUCAGGCUGACAGUGGAAUUGUGGAGAUUGCUACAUCUGGAGAAACGUCAGCUGACACAACCGAAGAGAAUAUAGCUGCAUCUGAUGUCAGUGAUGCCACUUCUACCAAAUCCCUUCAUACUACCACACUGAACACUGCCACAAUCAGAAUCAAACCGGGCAGUAGCUUUAUACCCAUACAGGAGCUAGCUAAAUCCUCCACCAUCAAUGUUACUCAAACACAGUUGGCAGCGGAGUGUGUAUCACAGGAAGACUUUAGCACAGAGACAGUUGAAAUGACAGGCACAACAGACUUCCUGUCCCAACCGGCUGCUCUGACAGAAGAAGUGCAGUUAGUGAUGGACUCGGCCUCGCUUGGAAAUCGCACCAUUCAGAGGACAGAGACUGUUACCGUGGAAACCACAGAAACUGUGGAUCCAACAGAAGUUAGUCUGGAUGAGUUUGUGGUCAUGGAUAAUCCCAUCCCAGGAACCAGUGUUGGUGAAACGCACAGUGUUGAUCCACUUAGUAGUUCUGACCCUACUGGCUUAGCUAGACUGGGCAAAAGGAAAAGGAAAGUUCCUGCUGCAUUAGAGGAUAGCCCCACCCCCCUACCUGGUGGUGGCUGGAACAGAGCAUGUCUGGGGUUAAUACAGAAAGUGAUGAAAUACCGAGGACUGAACAGACACAAAGAUGACCUAAAUGCCUCAACGUGGUUUUUAGAACCAGUGGAUCCAGAGGAUGCCCCAGAUUAUUACACAAUCAUCAAGAACCCCAUGGACUUUGGAACAAUAAAAAAGAAACUAGAGAGCCUAAGUUAUCCUGAUUAUGAGGAUUUCCAUUCAGACAUGCUGCUGGUUCGAGACAAUUGUCGUCUGUACAAUCCGCCUGGGAGUGUGGUUCGCGGGGACUGUGAUGAAGUGUUUGCCUACUACAUGUCGGAGUACGAGAGAAUAUUGGAAAAGUGGCAAAAAGCUCACAUCUCAUCACCCUCAUCCAAGAAAUUGAAGUUUGAAAGUAGAAGUCCUAAGAUGUGAACUGUGUCUUCAGGAACUCAAAUCCAUGUGCCAAAUAUCUUCAGCUUUUGAUGAGCUGAAAACUUGUACUGCCAGAUGUUUUCUUUUUUUCUGUUUGUCAUAAAAAAUAAAAUUUGAAUAUUUUUAUUUACAUAUUUUUUUUGUAUGAACUAUGAUAAGUAUGUAUGAAUUCCUCCACAUUUGAUAUUUUGUAUUCUGUUUGGUUAAAAACAUUGAUCCCCAUAUUCAUAAGGAAUACUAAGUUUGGUAUAAAAAGAAAGUUUUGUUAAAUGUCAUUGAAUGUAUAGUGCAAUAUAUUUUUAAUCUCAAAUUUUUAUCAAGCUUAGUGUCUUCGAAAUUGUUAUGUUCUAAAUGUCAGAUUUGUGUUUGAGAUUCUGUUGCAAUUUUGAAAUCAUGUUUUAAUAUUACCAGUUGUGAUUGACCAAAAAAAAAAAAAAUUUAAGUUGCAGAUCUACUAUGACAGAUUUGUAUGUGCAUCUAUUGUACAUGAUAUAGUUUUAACUAUAAAAUCUUAAAAUGA